UCUAACGGGAAUAUUGUGUCGAUUGAUUUGGAUUGAGUCGAACCCUUCAAUGACUUCAAUGUUUUUUUUUUCGUCUUCAAUAAUAUUAUGUGUUAUUUGUGUUAUGUUUUGAUCUAUGAUUUCAAUGACUAUUAUAUAUAUAAAUAAAAAUGUUUUGCCAUUCAAUGAGUGACUGAUUUUAGAGGGAAAACAACUAAUCAAUCAAUUGAUGGAUAAAUUAACUGACAGUUCAUCGACGGCUAACACGAAGAAGUGUACGUCAACUGAUGUCAACAGUGAUGGUAACGAUAGUCGAGGAUUUGAAAUUAAUUUGACUGAAAUUCAACGAGAUUUACGACGACUGCAAGUGACCAACGACUCGGAUCAGGUCAGCCACGAUGCGGUGGUGGCCAACAUCGGUGGUAAUAAACAUGACUCUUCUUCCAUCAAUUCUCAUCACAACAACAAUAGUUGUAAUUAUUUUACACUGAAAUCGACUCCGUAUUCACCGAAACUCAGUUGUCACGAAAGGAGACAAUCGUUUAGUGCUGUACGUCGUCUUCAUAGGUCUCAUCCGCCGCCGUCAGCUCAGCCAUCGACGUCGUCGUCGUCAUCGCUGAAAAUGGGAACAGAUUCUCAAAAACAACAGUCUUCCGAUGUCAACGAAAAUACAAUUGUCAGCAAAGAAGUCGAUAAUACAAUUGUCAGCACUUCUACUACUGAGACACCAAUUUAUUGUGAUUUCAAAGAUUUGGCCAUCAAUUCAGUUAAAGAUUCGGACAGCAAUGACAGGUCAGAAAAUGACGACAAAAUCUUGUAUUUUAAAAAACACUUCCGACUCGAGUCUUCGGCUACUGAAUGGCGCGAAAAAACUACUACUACUAUCACCGAUACUACUACUACUACCGCUAAACCGUCGGUGAAUGUCAACAGCUGUGGCGUUGAAAAUUGUAUUAGACUUAAGCCGAAUAAGAUUCGUAAGUUGCGAUUCAAAGACGACAAGACGUGCGCCCGACAGGCCUUAUGCGACUCGAGUCUCGGUCCGACUGGUUAUCCAUCGGGCGAUGAAUCAGUUGAAGAGUUGGCCGCCUAUUUCGAUGACACACUGUAUUUGCCGCGAAAGAUGUCGUUUAUGGCUCGAUCUAUAUAUUCAUAAAAACGAUUAUUUUCUCUGUUUUUUUCUUCUCUCUCUUUCUUAAUUUUUUGCUAUUAAUAACACAUAAUA